AUGCCUGGAAUCUCUGCAGUAAUUCGUGUUCCUGGCAAUGAAAAGCAAAUCCUCGACGAAAAAAUAAGUCGAUUAGAAAUGUUUGGCGCUGUUGAAGUUGGAAAAGUUCGUCUAGAGAGUUGUAUUUAUCGCUCUCUGGUGAAUUUAGCUAAAUAUAGAUCUUUCCAAAUUUUCACCAUAUCUGACUUUCCUGCAACAUGCUUUGUUAUCAACGAUGCAGAACCUGAUAGAAUGCUCACCGCUGAUCUUUCAUUUCGAGAAUUUCCAGCUCUCAUGAAAGGGGUUGUCGAAUAUGAAAAGAAGCUCCAAGUGGAAGGGAAUGGUGUGAAAUACCGUCUUGGUGAUUUUCAAAUUAAUUUCUUUACCAUAUCAACGGGUCAAAGUGCUACUAUCAGGGGUCUUCUGCUAGAAAUAUGUUUCAUCCCUACGUGCCUACCGAGUUGCUCAGGUGAACUUCUUAUUGCUUUUGGCACGCAGUAUUUCCCGGAGUUGUUUUCGGGUCCUCCAGGUUCCAAUGCCAUAACACCGACUCUUAAAAAGGCCUUUGCGGACAAUGGUUCCUCUGACAUUCUGCCCAAGUCGACACCCGAGAAACUCAUGAUGGGCGAUUCGAUGACGGUUCUCUCCCGAGCCUCUGCGCGCAUUACCGUUGCUCAGUAUAUUGAGAAAAUCAGGGAGAUUCGCACUCAUCAAUAG